AGGGAAAUCUAUUUAAACCUAAGUCCUGCACACUGCACUUUUCAAGACACCGGAGCGCAUGAAAACUCUAGUGGAUUCUCUAGGAAAGGAGACCAUGCCCCACAGGUCUCUGUCUAACCUCUCCCUGCUCACGGAAGCGAAUGAGAGCGAGUUUGUUCCGGACGUGUGGGAGAAGGAUUUCCUGCCCAGCUCGGACCGGACCACCGCGGAGUUGGUGAUCCGCUGUGUGAUCCCGUCCCUCUACCUGCUCAUCAUCACGGUGGGCUUGCUGGGCAACAUCAUGCUGGUAAAGAUUUUCCUCACCAACAGCGCCAUGAGGAGCGUCCCCAACAUCUUCAUCUCUAACCUGGCGGCAGGAGACCUGCUGCUGUUGCUCACCUGUGUCCCGGUGGAUGCCUCACGCUACUUCUUUGAUGAGUGGAUGUUCGGUAGUUUGGGCUGCAAACUCAUUCCAGCCAUCCAGCUCACCUCGGUGGGGGUGUCUGUGUUCACUCUCACUGCCCUCAGCGCCGACAGGUACAGAGCCAUUGUGAACCCCAUGGACAUGCAGACAUCCGGGGUGGUAGUAUGGACCUGUGUGAAGGCCGUGGGGAUUUGGGUGGUCUCUGUGUUGCUGGCAGUUCCUGAAGCUGUGUUUUCAGAAGUGGCACGUAUUGGUAGCUGGGAUAACAGCAGUUUUACCGCAUGCAUACCAUACCCUCAAACGGAUGAACUGCAUCCAAAGAUUCAUUCUGUGCUCAUUUUUCUGGUCUAUUUCCUCAUACCACUUGUUAUUAUCAGCAUUUAUUAUUAUCACAUUGCAAAGACCUUAAUUAAAAGUGCCCAUAAUCUUCCUGGAGAAUACAAUGAACAUGCUAAAAAGCAGAUGGAGACACGGAAACGCCUGGCUAAAAUCGUGCUGGUGUUUGUGGGCUGCUUCGUCUUCUGCUGGUUUCCCAAUCACGUCCUCUACAUGUACCGAUCUUUCAACUACAAGGAGAUUGACCCUUCUCUGGGUCACAUGAUUGUCACCUUAGUGGCCCGGGUUCUGAGUUUUUGCAAUUCUUGUGUCAACCCCUUUGCUCUUUACCUGCUCAGCGAGAGCUUCAGGAAGCACUUCAACAGCCAGCUCUGCUGUGGGAGGAAGUCCUACCCCGAGAGAUCAACCAGCUACCUGCUCAGCUCUUCAGCAGUGAGAAUGACUUCUCUGAAAAGCAACACUAAGAACGUGGUGACCAAUUCUGUUCUGCUAAAUGGACACAGCACGAAGCAGGAAAUAGCUCUGUGACUGGAGGCCAUUCAACUCACUCUUGGAAGAGACCUUAAAAACUUUUCUAUUCUUAUUGUGCAGAGCAGAACUAAAUAAUUUCCACAUUCUUACUGUUGCUUAGCUAAUUCAUCAGACAACUUCAUGACUGACUCAGAAAAGGCAAGACAUUUUUCUCUGAAUAGAACCUUAAAUUACAAUAUGCACACCUAUACUAUACACACAAAUAUAUCUCGUUCUAAAAUGUGUAGAAAAUGAGUCUGCAGACAUGGCUCAGUGGUUGAGAGCACUAACAAUGACGGAAAACAGCAGUUCCAGGAUACCUGACCUCCUUUUCUGGUCUCUGUGGGCACAGCAUGACAUAGAGGCACUUAACGUGCAGGCAAAACACUCAUAUACAUAAAAUAAGAAAAAUAAAUUGAUUUAGAAAAUGAUGUACAUAAAUCAAUAUUCCCCCAGUAUUUAAGGUGGUGUUACAAAAACUAUUAUAUUUACCUUAAAUUUCUUUUAUA